UAGCAUUCUCUGAUCCCAUUGGCUCUCCGCCGGCCCUGCUUUACAUAUGCCCGCCCUGCUGGCUGCCAGGGGUUUGCGGGGUUCGGCCGGGUUUGCAGCCGCCGCGGUAGCUGCUGCGCUUCAGUGCCGGGCGGGCGCCUAGCGAGCCCCGGGCGGGGAGCCGGGAGCCCGGAGCCGGGAGCCAGCUGCCAGCAGAGCUGCUGCGGCGGCAUCUGAGUCCAUUUCCGUCCUACGAACACUGAGGCCGGCGGCCGGCGGCUUCUGCGCCCAGCAGGGCCCAGGGAGGAGCGGGUCGGACACUUUUUAUUUUAUUUUGGAAGAAAGGGGCGAGUCCCGGCGUGAGCUUCCCUCCCGGCCUGGCUCGCUCCCCAGUGCGCCCCAGCUCUGGCCCGGGCUCUGGAAGAUGAGUUCGGGGUCCGCCCGGCGUCUACUAACGGCGGCGGCUCGGGGAGGCAGCCGAAAGUAGUAACACUUGGUGUUAAGCAGCUGGUGGAAAAGUGAGCCGAGGCCGCGCGGACUCGGCUCUCCCCGCCCGCCGGCGCCCGGUGCUCUCGCUGCUCCUUCCCCUCGGCUCCGCGGCGGCCGCAGCAUGAAGUGGCGCAGCGAUGGCCAGGAGAGGUAAGAAGCCUGUGGUGCGGACGCUGGAGGAUCUGACGCUGGACUCGGGUUAUGGUGGCGCGGCGGACUCGGUGCGCUCCUCCAACUUGUCCCUGUGCUGUUCCGACUCGCACCCGGCGUCCCCGUAUGGCGGGAGCUGCUGGCCGCCUCUAGCUGACUCCAUGCACAGCCGGCACAACAGCUUUGACACCGUCAACACUGCCCUGGUGGAAGACUCCGAGGGGCUGGACUGCGCCGGCCAGCACUGUUCGCGGCUGCUGCCGGACCUCGACGAGGUCCCCUGGACCCUCCAGGAGCUGGAGGCGCUGCUGCUGCGCUCGCGGGAUCCCCGGGCAGGCCCGGCGGCCCCCGGCGGCCUGCCCAAAGACGCGCUGGCCAAGCUGUCGACGCUGGUGAGCCGGGCGCUGGUACGCAUCGCCAAGGAGGCGCAGCGCCUGAGCCUGCGCUUCGCCAAGUGCACCAAGUACGAGAUCCAGAGCGCCAUGGAGAUAGUGCUGUCCUGGGGCCUGGCGGCGCACUGCACGGCGGCCGCGCUGGCCGCGCUGUCCCUCUACAACAUGAGCAGUGCCGGCGGCGACCGCCUGGGCCGCGGCAAGUCGGCGCGCUGCGGCCUCACCUUCUCUGUGGGCCGCGUGUACCGCUGGAUGGUGGACAGCCGCGUGGCGCUGCGCAUCCACGAACACGCCGCCAUCUACCUGACAGCCUGCAUGGAGAGCCUCUUCCGGGACAUCUACUCGCGGGUCGUGGCCUCCGGGCUGCCCCGGAGCUGCAGCGGCCCUGGCCCGGGCUCCAGCUCGGGCCCAGGCCCGGGCUCCGGCCCCGGCACGGCCCCCGCGGCGGAUAAGGAGCGGGAGGCACCCGGAGGGGGAGCGGCGAGCGGCGGCGCCUGCAGCGCAGCCAGCAGCGCCAGCGGGGGCAGCAGCUGUUGCGCCCCGCCGGCCGCCGCCGCCGCCGCCGCCGCCGCAGCCCCACCGGCCGCCGUCGCCAACCACCACCAUCACCACCACCACGCACUCCACGAGGCGCCCAGGUUCACCGUGGAGACGCUGGAGCACACGGUCAACAACGACUCCGAGAUCUGGGGGCUCCUGCAGCCCUACCAGCACCUCAUCUGCGGGAAGAAUGCCAGCGGAGUGCUGUGCCUACCAGACAGCCUGAACCUUCACAGGGACCCGCAGCGGUCAAACAAGCCGGGGGACCUGCCCAUGUUCAGCCAGUCGGAGUUGAGGACCAUCGAGCAGUCCUUGCUGGCCACCCGCGUGGGCAGCAUUGCAGAACUGAGUGACCUGGUGUCCCGAGCAAUGCAUCACCUGCAGCCCCUCAAUGCCAAGCACCACGGCAACGGCACCCCCCUGCACCACAAGCAGGGGGCGCUCUACUGGGAGCCGGAGGCCCUGUACACCCUUUGCUAUUUCAUGCACUGCCCGCAAAUGGAAUGGGAAAAUCCCAACGUGGAGCCUUCCAAAGUCAACCUCCAGGUGGAAAGACCCUUCCUCGUGCUGCCGCCGCUGAUGGAGUGGAUCCGGGUGGCCGUGGCGCACGCCGGCCAUCGCCGCAGCUUCUCCAUGGACAGCGACGACGUCCGCCAGGCGGCCCGGCUGCUUCUGCCCGGCGUGGACUGCGAGCCGCGCCAGCUCAGGGCCGACGACUGCUUUUGUGCUUCUCGGAAGCUGGAUGCAGUGGCCAUCGAAGCCAAGUUUAAGCAGGACCUGGGUUUCCGGAUGCUGAACUGUGGGCGGACGGACUUGGUGAAGCAGGCAGUGUCUCUCCUGGGGCCCGAUGGGAUCAACACCAUGAGCGAACAGGGCAUGACCCCCCUGAUGUACGCCUGCGUCCGCGGGGACGAGGCGAUGGUUCAGAUGCUGCUGGAUGCCGGAGCUGACCUGAAUGUCGAGGUUGUCAGUACUCCUCAUAAAUAUCCAUCCGUCCACCCCGAGACCCGCCAUUGGACGGCUCUGACUUUUGCUGUGUUGCAUGGACAUAUUCCUGUAGUUCAGCUGCUCCUGGACGCCGGGGCCAAGGUGGAAGGCUCCGUGGAGCAUGGUGAGGAGAACUACUCAGAAACACCCCUCCAGCUGGCCGCCGCCGUAGGAAAUUUUGAGCUGGUUAGUUUGCUGUUGGAGCGUGGCGCGGAUCCCCUGAUAGGAACCAUGUACAGGAAUGGAAUUUCUACCACCCCCCAGGGUGAUAUGAACUCUUUCAGCCAGGCUGCAGCCCACGGACACAGGAAUGUGUUCCGCAAACUGCUCGCUCAGCCAGAGAAGGAGAAGAGUGAUAUCCUGUCCCUGGAGGAGAUUCUGGCCGAGGGGACUGAGCUGGCGGAGACAGCCCCGCCUCCCCUGUGUGCCAGCCGCAACAGCAAGGCCAAGCUGAGAGCCCUGAGGGAGGCCAUGUAUCACAGCGCUGAGCAUGGCUACGUGGAUGUCACAAUUGAUAUCAGGAGCAUAGGGGUCCCGUGGACACUGCACACGUGGCUAGAGUCUUUGCGGAUCGCCUUCCAGCAACACCGCAGGCCUCUCAUCCAGUGCCUGUUGAAGGAGUUCAAGACCAUUCAGGAGGAAGAGUACACAGAGGAGCUCAUUACCCAAGGCCUGCCCCUGAUGUUUGAGAUCUUGAAAGCAAGCAAGAACGAGGUCAUCAGCCAGCAGCUGUGCGUCAUCUUCACCCACUGCUAUGGGCCCUACCCCAUCCCCAAGCUCACGGAGAUCAAGCGCAAACAGACCUCGCGCCUGGAUCCUCAUUUCCUUAACAAUAAAGAAAUGUCCGAUGUUACCUUUCUGGUAGAAGGAAGACCGUUUUACGCUCACAAAGUGCUGUUAUUCACGGCCUCUCCCAGGUUCAAAGCGCUCCUGUCCAGCAAACCAACAAAUGACAGCACCUGCAUAGAGAUCGGUUACGUGAAGUACCCCAUCUUUCAGCUGGUCAUGCAGUAUCUCUACCAUGGUGGCCCAGAGUCACUGCUCAUUAAAAACAAUGAGAUAAUGGAGCUUCUGUCUGCCGCUAAAUUUUUCCAGCUGGAGGCUUUGCAGCGACACUGUGAGAUUAUCUGCGCAAAGAGCAUUAACACUGACAACUGUGUGGAUAUUUACAAUCACGCCAAGUUCCUCGGAGUCACAGAGCUCUCCGCGUACUGUGAAGGCUACUUUCUCAAAAACAUGAUGGUCCUCAUCGAAAACGAGGCCUUCAAGCAGCUCCUCUAUGACAAAAAUGGCGAAGGGACAGGCCAGGAUGUGCUCCAGGACUUACAGAGGACGUUGGCCAUCAGGAUUCAGUCAAUCCACUUGUCCUCUUCCAAAGGUUCUGUCGUAUGAAACGUCCAGAGCAGGGAACGGUCCCCGGGGACUUUCCAGAUGCUGCUGCUGCAUCGCUUCACACAAACACAUACCAAGUUCACCUGGCGUCUGUUUUUGGCUAGGCCAAGGAGCUGUCUACUGCCUCAGCUUCUCUCGAAUAAGCAAUUUCAGCUCCCGUGCGUUCCUGUUGAAAAACAAAGGACAUGCCACUGGUCAGAUGGCAGUGGGGCCCAGCGCGCGAAGGUCAACAUGGGGCAGCCAAGCCAAGCCCAUCGGAAAGCACCCCUGGGGCGGUCAAACACCCAUCGCCGGGACCACCGUCCAAUGGAUGGAUUGAGGACUAAAGGUCGUCUGGGUUGCCGGUUGAGAGCCGGAGAACGUAACUGGUCUGACCCUGACGAGCGUCGUGUUCCCAUGAAGGACCUUCGUCACUGCAGUUCAGGGAGAGUCAGCCAUGGUAGCGAAUUCGCGAGACUGUUACCAAUAGCGAAGAAAUAAUUUGGCAAAUUUUUAGGGGUGGGAACUUUUUAAAAUGUUCAUAACAAAACAAAAAAACAGGGCAGCCUUGUAGUUUAAAAUCUAUUUCUAAAAGCUUAACAGUUCAUUUUCAAUUGAGUUGUGUUUAGGGAUCUGUGUUUUGAGCUUUGUUUUUUGUUUUCGUUUUUAAAAAAACAGUAAGUUGCAGGUCUAUACUAUAUAAACAUGCAUUUGACAAGAUAUUGCUGAUAGUCUAUACAAGGUAAAAUAAUAAUCUUGCCUUAGUGAUCAUGGUUACACAGAGAGGUGCACUGCCAAUAAUUAUCUCUAACUUGAUAGUUGAAAACAAUGUGCAUGCUAAUCGUGAUUUCGGGGUGAGAAUAAAACACCCCCACAUAACAAGACAUGCAUUUGCAUGGGCCCGAACCAGUGAAAUGUUAUGUUUGUGCUUCAUUUUUGCCAAGGUAAAAAAUGUUCCAUCACUUCUUGCUAAAAAUCCAUUUGGUGAAAACUAGAACAUAUUCCUUUCCUUUAACAAUGAUUCUGGGAUGCUUUUGCAGAAAUGUGUUCAUAGAUGAUGCUGAUGGGGGGUGGGGAGGGCGCACGCCAGGGGAUUUACUGUUAAUCCCAAAGUUUUCUCUGUAUUCUCAGAAGAUGUUAAUAGUUUGUUACUAGCCAGAUAAUAUGACUAUGUUAGAUUAUUUUUAAAGAUGAAACAUGUACGAUAGGAAGGAUUCUUUCUGUAUUCUGAGAGUGUACAGUUAUAGGGUUAUCUGUAAUGAAAGUUUAUAUCGACAGGGUUCCGUUUUGCUCUGCCAUAUAUUAUAAGCAAAAGAGAUUGGUGAAGUGCCACAAUAUUCCAAGUAAUUUUUGAGUUGCUGCCUUUUUUUUUUUUUCUUGUCCGUUAAUUUGAAACCUAGUUAGAAACGAGAAUGACUUUCAGCCUUUGGGGUUGGCAAAGUCUCAUGGGUAAACCUCUUUCCUAGCAUGCCUUUGCGAAGUCGUGCCCAGACCCUAGACUCUAGAGAAGCUGCUGUUACCCAUCGUACUUGCUCCCUGAGCCACCGUCCAGAGGACUAAUGCCAAGUUACAUGGGUGUGACCCAUGGAGCGCCUGGGCCGCGUCUGCCUACAUCAUUGGCCCUCAAGUGAUUUGGAUCCACGAGGCCUCUCUCCUACUUGGUCAUUUGCAAACCUCCCCAGGCCCUACCAUCAGAUGAAGGGGGGGUGGGUGGGGGGAGAGCGAAACUGCCUGCGGAGGAGGCCACGUUCCAGAAGAUCCACAGCCAGUGUGUGAGUCACCCCUGCCUCCUUCCUCCUCUGUGUUCUCAGAAAUGCUGUAUGAUGUUCCCUUCACCACGACUGACUUCCCCGCGAAUGUCUUAUGCUAGCUGGGGGCCUCUGGCCUCCGAGUUGUACCGGGGCAACUCCCGACGGGCUUCUGGUAUAGUCUGGUGUGUGCUUUCUCUGUCAUUAAAUGAUUUUCCCAA